AUUUGAAUAAUUGAACGCAUUGUUUUAUUUCCUUCCGAAUUGGAUGCGGCUUGGAUCGUCUGGAAUGGACAAAAGUCUCACAGAUUCUGCAAGAGGUGUUUAAACAGACGGAUAUUACUGACUGUUUUCUUCAAAUUAGUUCCAGACACUUUAGCUUCUUCGCCAACAGGAAUAGGGGCGGGAUCCUGAAGCAUUUUUGCGCAAAGCUGGACAAUACUGGUCAUUUUAGAGAUCUGUCCCGAUCCGCAAACUUGCAACGUUUUUUUUUAUUUCACAAUGGCUGUACUCACCGAAUCCCAGUACAACGAACUUUUAGGAGACCCGGCUUCACAAGACAUGGAGAGGUGCGUGACGCCACGAUCGGUCUACGGUGCACAGGGGGAUCGACUUUUUACUCAGAAGAAUAGGCUUUCUCUGACUAAAUCCCGACUUCUCUCGAGCAAACCUACAAACGAGCCGCUGCGCAAUAAGCCGGGCGCCGGCGUUUUUGAACCGGAACCGGAACCAGUAGUCAGCCUUCUUGACACGGACACGGUGAGAGAGCAGGAUGACAAAGUGCUAACCGGGGGUACAAGGAAGCGCCAGGCAGCAGACCCUGUUCAAGCGAUUAUACGGGACCGAAUUAAAGUGCGAAACGGAGCGACCGUCGCGAUUGAAUUGAUUUCAGCCGCCCUGAAGCUUAUGAACGAAGAUGAAGUCCACGGGCACGGGCUGACCAAGAAGGAGAAAAUCCUAGAAAGACAACGCUUGGAGCGGGUGAACAAGACAUAUGCUUCUGUCUUACUUGAAGCGAGUCAAAUCAUGUUACUUACACGUUAAACGAUGUUAAACGAUUUAUCAGGAGUGUUUUUUCUUACUGUUUUUCUCAGGAGUGUUUUUCUUACUGUUGAAUGACUUCUCAGGGGUGUCUAAUAACUGUUUAUCGAAUAGCUUCUCAGUGUGUUAUUCUUUGUUAAAUGAAUUCUCAGGACGUUUUUUUACUCUCUUUUUCUGUAUAAACUUUUGCAACAUUCACCCGGUGCUGCAGACCCUCCUGCUGGCGCAGACCCCCCUCCUCCUCCCCCUCAUGCAACUGCUGCGAAAUCUUCUCUCCCUACCGGUGAUGCAGACCCCCCUCUUCCCCCUCCUUCCCCCUGUGCUGCUUCUGUCAAAUCCCCUCACGCCACCGCUUCUUUUCAGCAGGGUGGAAAUAUCGGAAGCGAACUCGCAUCUAACCACCUCCAUAACGAGUUAGACGGUUCAGACCCCCGUCACCGCUGCUUGAACGCAAACGUUUCAAUAACCUUGAACUUAGACGACCCUUCAGAAUUCCUUCCGCCUGCGACGGUUCUGGCGUGAUAAAAGAGGGUUCACCUUAAAAAAUGCUGCAUUCUUGAAAAGGUUACGAGUCAUUUAUGACAAACGCAGACAUUUUCCUGACGGGACAACCUUACCGUUUGGAUACUAAAUUGUUCAUCCUAAAUUUACAGAGGGGAGUAAAAUAAUUUUAAGCUUUUUUCUAUUUUCUCUUGUUAUUUGAUAUUUUCUACUAUUACGGGUAUAAAAAUGAUGCAUUCAGGUCAUGUACAAGAAACGUUAUUUGAUCAUCGAUUUAAAAUGCCUUUUUCAUGUCUCAUCGUCGGACAGAGCGGCUGUGGAAAAACUUAUUUUGUGCAGAAAAUGUUGACGAAUUGUAGUCAUGUGAUGACCCAUGUGCCUGAUAUGAUGUAUGGAUAUAUGACUCUUUCCAACCUAUGUACACCGGAUUGCAAAAAAUGAAUAAAGACAUCAAGUUCAUCAAAGGUUUACCUGACUCUUUUGAAGAUGAAGACUUGUUUCCAUCAAAUAAAAGAAUUUUAAUAAUC